GGCGGAUCAAAGCAUCGGUGUCUGUCCUGAUCGUGCCCCGCUGAGGAGCUGCUGCACCGGGCAACAGAGGACAACACCCCCACGAGCCCACGAGCCAACGACUCCACGCGCACUUGUGUUUUAGGAGCAGCUGAAGCCGUGAGUCGAGGAGGAAGUUUCCAAACGCGCCUGUCUCUGCACAACAGCUAAAAUGUCGGACGCAGACAAGUUCCUGUAUGGGGACCGCAGUGGGAUCAACAACCCCCUGGCCCAGGCCGACUGGGCCUCCAAAAAGCUGGUGUGGGUCCCGUCUGAAAAGCUGGGCUUUGAGGCCGGCUCACUCAAAGAGGAGAAGGACGAAGAGUGUGUCGUCGAGCUCGUGGACUCUGGAAAAAAGGUAAAAGUAAACAAAGACGACAUUCAGAAGAUGAAUCCGCCCAAGUUCAACAAAGUGGAGGACAUGGCGGAGCUGACAUGUCUGAACGAAGCGUCGGUGCUGCACAACAUCAAAGAGCGAUACUACUCUGGACUCAUCUAUACGUACUCGGGUCUCUUCUGUGUUGUGGUCAACCCGUACAAGUAUCUGCCCAUCUACACCGAGGAGAUCGUCAACAUGUACAAGGGCAAGAAGAGGCACGAGAUGCCCCCUCACAUCUAUGCCAUCACAGACAACGCCUACCGCAGCAUGAUGCAGGACCGCGAGGACCAGUCUAUCCUUUGCACGGGAGAAUCUGGAGCAGGAAAAACCGAAAACACCAAGAAAGUGAUUCAGUACUUGGCCCAUGUCGCGUCAUCGUCCAAAUCCAAAAAGGACCAGGGCUCUGCAGUUUUGACACAUGGAGAACUGGAGAAACAGCUGCUACAGGCUAACCCCAUCCUGGAGGCCUUUGGCAACGCUAAGACCGUCAAGAAUGACAACUCUUCACGAUUUGGAAAAUUUAUCCGGAUAAACUUCGACGUCAACGGGUACAUCGUUGGAGCCAACAUUGAGACUUAUUUGCUGGAGAAGUCACGAGCGACAAGACAAGCCAAAGAAGAGCGGAGUUUCCACAUUUUCUACUACAUGCUGACGGGCGCCGGCGAAAAGCUGCGCUCUGAACUGUGCCUUGAGGAUUACAGCAAGUACCGCUUCCUUUCCAAUGGCAACAUGACCAUUCCGGGCCAACAGGAUAAGGACAUGUUCACCGAGACCAUGGAGGCAUUUACGAUCAUGAGCAUCCCGGAGGAGGAGAGCAUCGGUUUGUUGAGGGUCGUGUCGGCAGUUCUGCAGCUUGGCAACAUGACCUUCAAGAAAGAGCGCAACUCGGAUCAGGCGUCCAUGCCCGACGAUACUGCUGCUCAGAAAGUGUGCCAUCUGCUGGGCAUUAAUGUGACCGACUUCACUCGAGCAAUUCUUUCUCCACGGAUCAAGGUUGGCAGAGACUACGUGCAGAAGGCCCAGACUCAGGAGCAGGCAGAGUUUGCAGUGGCGGCUCUGGCUAAAGCGUCGUACGAGAGGAUGUUUCGGUGGUUAGUGAUGAGGAUCAACAAAGCCCUGGACAAAACCAAACGGCAAGGAGCGUCCUUCAUCGGCAUCCUGGACAUCGCCGGAUUCGAGAUCUUUGAGUUGAACUCGUUCGAGCAGCUGUGCAUCAACUACACCAAUGAGAAGCUCCAGCAGCUGUUCAACCACACCAUGUUUGUGCUGGAGCAGGAAGAGUACCAGCGGGAGGGCAUCCAGUGGAACUUCAUCGACUUCGGACUCGACCUCCAGCCCUGCAUUGACCUCAUCGAGAAACCGGCUGGGCCCCCGGGCAUUUUGGCUCUGCUCGACGAGGAGUGCUGGUUCCCCAAAGCCACAGACAAGACCUUUGUGGAGAAGUUGGUGCAAGAGCAGGGAACACACCCCAAGUUUCAGAAACCCAAGAAACUCAAAGAUGAAUCCGACUUCUGCAUCAUACACUAUGCCGGAAAGGUUGACUAUAAGGCGGACGAGUGGCUGAUGAAAAACAUGGAUCCAUUGAAUGAGUGUGUGGCCACUUUACUAAACCAGUCCACUGACAAAUUCACAUCUGAUCUGUGGAGAGAUGUGGACCGUAUCGUGGGCCUGGAUAAGGUUGCAGGGAUGUCUGAUUCGAUGCAUGGCGCGUUCAAAACCCGCAAAGGCAUGUUCCGCACAGUGGGCCAGCUGUACAAGGAGCAGCUGAGUAACCUCAUGGCAACACUGAGGAACACCAACCCCAACUUCGUCCGCUGCAUCAUCCCCAACCAUGAGAAAAAAGCCGGUAAACUGGACCCUCACCUGGUUCUGGACCAACUGCGCUGUAAUGGAGUCCUGGAGGGCAUCCGGAUCUGCAGACAGGGCUUCCCCAAUCGCGUUGUCUUCCAGGAGUUCAGACAGAGAUAUGAAAUCCUCACUCCUAAUGCCAUUCCAAAGGGAUUCAUGGACGGGAAACAGGCUUGUGUCCUGAUGAUCAAAGCCUUAGAACUGGACCCAAACUUGUACCGCAUUGGUCAAAGUAAAGUCUUUUUCCGAGCGGGAGUCCUGGCCCACCUGGAGGAGGAGAGGGACCUGAAGAUCACUGAUGUCAUCAUCAGUUUUCAGGCCUGGUGCAGAGGAUAUGUGGCUCGCAAAGCAUUUGCCAAAAGACAACAGCAGCUCACAGCCAUGAAAGUGAUCCAAAGAAACUGUGCUGCCUAUCUCAAACUCAGGAACUGGCAGUGGUGGAGGCUGUUCACAAAGGUGAAGCCGUUGCUUCAGGUGAGCCGACAGGAGGAGGAGAUGGUGGCCAAAGAAGAGGAGCUGGCUAAAAUAAAAGAGAAGCAGCUCCAAACGGAGCAGUUGGUGGAGGAGCUGGAGGCAAAGCAGAAGCAGCUGAGUACGGAGAAGUUGGCCCUUCAGGAGCAGCUCCAGGCUGAGACGGAGCUGUGUGCGGAGGCCGAGGAGAUGAGGGCUCGACUGGCUAACAGGAAACAGGAGCUGGAGGAGAUACUGCACGACCUGGAGUCCCGUCUGGAGGAGGAGGAGGAGAGGGUCACCCAGCUGAACACGGAGAGGAAGAAAAUGCAGCAGAACAUCAACGAGCUGGAGCAGCAGUUGGAUGAAGAGGAGGCUGUGAGGCAGAAGCUUCAGAUGGAGAAGAUGACGACAGAUGCAAAACUGAAGAAGAUGGAGGAGGACGUGAUGGUGCUUGAUGACCAGAACAACAAGCUCUCCAAGGAGAAGAAACAGUUGGAGGAGCGCAUUUCGGAGUUUACCACAAACUUGGCCGAAGAGGAAGAAAAAUCUAAAAGUUUACAAAAACUCAAGAACAAACAUGAGGCAAUGAUCACAGAGCUGGAGGAUCGGCUGAGGAAGGAGGAGAAACAGCGUCAGGAGUUGGAGAAGAAUCGUCGUAAGUUGGAGGGAGACUCGUCAGAACUCCAUGACCAGAUCGCCGACCUCCAGGCCCAGAUUGCCGAGCUCCGGGAUCAGCUCGCCAAGAAGGAGGAGGAGCUUCUGGCGGCAUUGGCCAGGAUCGAGGAGGAGGCCGCAGCCAAGAACGUAGCCCAGAAGAAGAUCCGUGAGCUGGAGGCGCAGAUCUCCGAGUUACAGGAGGACAUGGAGCUGGAGAGACAGGCUCGCUCCAAGGCUGAGAAACAGCGCAGAGACCUGGGAGAGGAACUGGAGGCUCUGAAGACUGAACUGGAAGACACACUGGACUCCACCGCUGCUCAACAAGAACUCAGAUCCAAACGUGAGACUGAAGUGGCUCAGCUGAAGAAGACUCUAGACGAAGAGGCUAAGUUUCAUGAACAGCAGAUGUCUGAGAUGAGACAGAAACACAACCAGGCGUUUGAGGAGCUGAAUGAGCAGCUGGAGCAGGCCAAAAGGAACAAAGUGUCUGUGGAGAAGUCCAAGCAGGCGCUGGAGAGUGAGUGGAACGAGAUACAGAUCGAGCUGAAAAACCUGACACAAAGUAAAGGAGACUCAGAGCACCGCCGUAAAAAGGCCGAAGCCCAGGUCCAGGAACUGCAGGUCAAAUUUGGAGAAAGCGAGAAACAGAGGCAUGACAUGUCUGACAAGAUGGGCAAAAUGCAGUUUGAACUCGAUAAUACAAACAAGCUCCUGUCUGAAGCAGAGGGCAAGAACAUCAAAUACAGCAAAGACGUGUCUUCACUGGAGUCUCAGCUGUCAGAUGCUCAGGAACUGCUCCAAGAAGAGACUCGCCAGAAGCUGUCUCUGUCAACUAAACUCAGGCAAAUGGAGGACGAGCAAAACAGUCUGAAGGAGAUGCUGGAGGAGGAGGAGGAGAACAAGAGGAAUGUGGAGAAGCAGGUGUCCACUCUGCAGGCACAGUUGGCAGAUAUGAAGAAGAAACUGGAGCAGGAGGCCUUGUCUGUGGAGGGAGCAGAGGAGGGACGCAAGAGACUCCAGAGAGACAUGGACAGUCUGAUGCUGCAGUUGGAGGAGAAGACCUCGGCCUACGACAAGUUGGAGAAGACAAAGAACCGGCUUCAGCAAGAACUCGAGGACCACAUGGUUGACCUGGACAACCUGAGGCAGAUUGUGUCCAACCUGGAGAGGAAGCAGAAGAAAUUUGAUCAGAUGCUAGCAGAGGAGAAGGAGAUAUCCUCCCAGUAUGCCGAAGAGCGGGACAAGGCUGAGGCUGAGGCCCGGGAGAAGGACACCCGAGCUCUGACUUUGGCCCGUGAGCUGGAGACCAUGAGCGACCUGAAGGACGAGCUUGACCGAGCCAACAAGACCCUGAAAGCAGAGAUGGAGGACCUGGUCUCGUCCAAGGACGAUGUUGGCAAGAGCGUGCAUGAGCUGGAGCGCUCUAAACGGGCCAUGGAGCAGCAGCUGGAGGAGAUGAGGACUCAGCUGGAGGAGCUGGAGGACGAGCUGCAGGCCACAGAGGACGCCAAGCUGCGUCUGGAGGUGAACAUGCAGGCCAUGAAGGCCCAGUGCGACAGAGAGAUACAGAACAAAGAGGAGCAGGGAGAGGAGAAGAGGAGGACACUGCUCAAACAGGUGCGUGAGAUGGAGGUGGAGCUGGAGGAGGAGCGCCGCCAGCGCAGCCAAGCUCUUACGUCCAAAAAGAAACUCGAGUUGGAUUUGGCAGAUCUUGAAAACCAGAUUGACGCUACUAAUAAGGCCAGAGACGAGGCACUGAAACAACUGAAGAAGCUGCAGGCACAAAUGAAAGACCUCAUGAGGGAAGUGGAUGAGCUGCGUUUUGCCCGAGACGAAGCAGUCGCAUCGGCCAAAGAGAUCGAAAAGAAACUCAAGACUAUGGAAGCAGACGCAUUGCACUUCCAAGAGGACCUGGCUACAGCAGAGAAACUGAAACGACAGGUCAUGAGCGAAAGAGACGAGCUGCAAGAGGAGAUCAACAGCACCAACGCAAAGAAUUCCUCUUUGACGGAUGAAAAGCGACGUCUGGAGGGUCGUAUUGCUCAGCUGGAGGAGGAGCUGGAGGAGGAGCAGCUCAACACGGAGAUGGUCAACGAUCGUCUGAAGAGGACCACACUCCAGACUGAACAGCUGACCACAGAGCUGUCGGCGGAGCGCAGUAACUCCCAGCGUAUCGAGGGCGCUCGCUCUCAGCUCGAUCGCCAAAACAAGGAGCUGAAGCUGAAAUUGCAAGAGCUCGAGGGAACCAUCAAGUCAAAGUACAAGUCAAGCAUCGCAACCCUGGAGGCCAAGAUCGCCCAACUGGAGGAGCAACUCGACAUAGAGUCCAAGGAACGUCAGCAGGCCUCAAGACUGGUGAGGCGUACUGAGAAGAAACUGAAAGAAACACUGGUGCAGAUCGAUGAUGAACGACGCAAUACCGAACAGUACAAAGACCAGCUGGAUAAGUCAAACGGCCGUAUGCGGCAGCUCAAGCGGCAGCUGGAGGAGUCAGAGGAGGAGCUGACUCGAGCCAAUGCUUAUCGUCGGAAGCUGCAGAGGGAGCUGGACGAUGCCUCUGAGUCGGCAGAUGCCAUGAACCGAGAAGUGAGCAGCCUCAAGAGCAAACUCAGGCGUGGAGACCUGCCUUUUACUGUGCGGCGUUCCACAAACCGCUUGGGAGUGGACAGUGAUGAAGAUCUGGACACAUCUGGAGAGACGUCCGAGCCAGCGGCUGAGUGAACUCACCGGGGAUCAGUUUUAUUUGCCCAAGUAAAAAAAAAAAAAAGUGAUGUAAACGCAGAGGAAAGUCUUGGAUGUCACCUGCUGGUAGUUUAGUAUUGAAUCCCCUUUUAACUGGAUUAUAGAGUGUGGUUUCUACAUCAAAUUAUCAAAAGUUCUUUUUCUAUUUGAUGCUUUUAUCUGGUGUUUGUUCGGCUACAUAUAUUUUUGUCAUUAUUGUCAUUGCUAUGAAUUGCUAAGGAGUAAAACUUUUUUC